GACCACAAACUUGGUCUUCCUGCGGGGAUGGUCCGAAUCGGCGCGGGCGGGGAAGGGCAUCCUGAUGCUGGUGGCGCGCGGCCAAUGGGCUUGGCCGGGCGAGGGCUGGCCCCGCCGGAGUCCUGGGCGAGCGAGUUCACCACGUUCGCGGCCGUGUUGGGAACGUGGUGA